CUGGGGUCGACAGAGCAAUCGCGGCAGCGGGAAGGUUGGUCAAACAUUUCCACCACAGCACAAUCGCAACCAAAGCCCUGGAAGAAAAGCAACACCAAAUGUCGCUUCCUCCGCAUCGCCUCAUUCAAUCCUGUAAAACCAGGUGGAAUUCAGUCUGCGACAUGUUUGAGCGCCUGGUUGAACAGCGAUGGGCUGUGUCAGCCGUGCUAUCAGACCGAUCCGUGACAAAACUGGCAGACGCGAGGAGGCUGGAGCUGAGAGACGACUACUGGCAGCUAAUGGAAGAUAUGGCACCUGUGUUGGGAACAUUGAAGUGUGCAACUACGGUGAUGUCUGCGGAGUCGGAGGUGUCAAUCUCAAACACGUACCCCAUCAAGUUCAGUCUAAUCAACACUCACCUCAGCGCUUCAGACGAGGACAGCCCCAAAGUCGCAGACUUCAAGGAAAAAGUGCGAGAUUCGCUGGGCGAGCGCAUGAAGAUUCAGUCUGAUGACCUCAACACAUCCACCCCUAUGAUCGCAACAAUGCUUGACCCUCGUCACAAACACCUGGGAUUUCUUCCUCCAGCUACCAGGAAGUCAGCUCAUUCCACGCUGCUUCAAAUGGCUACAGCCGAACGCGACAGCAUCACUGCAGGUGCCGCCACCGCUGGAGACGACGGUAACACUGUCCAUACAGCAGGGCCUCGGCGACAUGGGGCUAAGCCUACAUCCGCUAUGAGUUUACUUCUGGGUGAAACCUAUUCCGAUGCCCGCAAAGGUGACGUGGAGAGUGAAGUGGAUAUGUACUUAAAGGACCCUCCUGCACCACUUGAGUCGAGCCCCACGUGCUGGUGGAAAGUGAAUGAAAGGAGGUUUCCGACGCUGGCAACACUAGCAAAGCGGUAUUUGUGUACGCCAGGCACAUCAGUCCCCUCUGAGCGUGUGUUUUCAGUAGCUGGGCUCACUGUAAACAGGCUACGUACACGCCUUACCCCAGAGCACGUUAACAUGCUUAUUUUCUUGAACAAAAAUAUAUAGAACCUAGGCCUAGGUCAAGUUUUGAUGUGCCACAUUUCAGUUAGGAGAGGGUAAUAUUGAAUCACCACUUUAUUUGAUUGUUCUGGUUUGAGGCCCUGUAAUGUUAUGCUAUGUUGUUGUGUUCAGUGACCCUGUGAACGUUUCAUUCUAUUUUGCUGUAACCCUAUACAAAU